UGGGACGUAGUUUCUUGUUGUCAAAGAGAAUGCGAGAUAUGUAAACGCAACAGGCAAGCUGCAUUUCACUGGAUACAGACUGCCGACUGUACCCUAACUGACUAUUCCUUAAAUAAUUACUCUACCAGAGAACUAUAGUCACAACUGGGUGGAACUUUGCGGCUGUUGGUUGCCUGGUAGCCCGUAUUCUUACCAGUCUGUGUGCAUCAGACUCAGGCUCGCGUUGCUACUCACUAGCUGGGCUCAAGCAGCGCGUGCACUGCUACAACUCCUUGUUUUUAUGCUGGCCGUGACAGUCUCUGUUCUGCUCCUGCGGUCGAAAGAGAUAACCGACAACAUCGAGAACCAUGUAUUUUUUCUCUAUUCGUAUGAGACUGGUCGUGAAUGUGAAGCAGAACUGAAAUAUUUCUUUCACCUCAUCGAAACUAACGACUCUGUAAUCGUGUAACCCAUUGACAGAGUGGAACAGCACACCAACGAGAGAUGUGAAGAAGUCUCGGGUUAUAGCUGGAUGUCUCCAGAACAAGCUUUUCGUUGGACUAUAACUGCACGAGGAGGCUCCUGACUGCUUUGGAAUAACGGAACCAACGGAUGUCCACGACUCGUUAAAAACGUGGAAACACAUUUUAGACGUUCUGUCCUCAUUACUCAAGGCUACGGAAAGAUCUCUUUGUCACCCCACGCGAAACAGUGGAUCAAUUAAAAGGUGUGUGUGACUCCGGGUGCCGUGGAACGGAGAGAGGAAGAGGAGGAACACUCCACAGAACAUGAGGAAGAGCAGGAGUGUGCUGACUGUGUCAAACGAUGACAGUAAGGAUCCUCUUGACUGUGGUCUGGGUGAGUUCUUCACCUCUCCCUCCUGCACGCUGGGCGUCGACCUUCGUCGGGGCCGCAGGCGUUUCUCCGGCAACCUGCAGCUUCCCCCGUUGUCGUGGCGACAGUCGGAGAGGUCGCGGACGCCUGACGACGACCUGAUGACCCGCCCCACGACCCUGCCCUUCCUGGCUCCGCCCCGCAUCGACAUCACACCUUCAGACCCUGACGGGUGAGUGUGUGUGUGUGUGUGUGUGUGAGUCACACAGCGCGGGGGGCUCCAGACGCUCCACCCAGGGGAACUAAUGUGACCUCUGACCUCCAGCUGCCCGGGUGACAGACUGGCUGUCAUCCCCAUCUCUUCACUCUCACAGCGUGUGUGUGUGUGCUUCCUAUAUCAGUGUGUGUGUGUGUGU